AUGGCGGACAACCCUUACGUCACAGUCACGCCGUUGAAGGGAAUAUCUAUCAGAUGGUACAACAAGUACGGCAUGACAGCUGAGAGAGACAGACUAAGCCCCACGUUGUACAUCCCACACACAAGACGCAGAGACGCCGCCAUUUACCAGUGCCGGGCUGAAAAUGGCAUCCACCCUGCCGGGGUCAGCACAGUCAGUCUGCAGGUCACGUAUCCCCCUACAAUACGACCGUCCUUCGAUGAGAAAGUCAGUGUCCUGUUCGGCCAGAAAGUGGAUUUUUCGGUGCAGUGCGAGGCAGACGGCAACCCGAGCCCCAAGGUACGCUGGAGGAGAAAGGACACCCCGCUGUACUUCGACAAUCCCCUGAGAUUCUCCCGUGUCGGGUACGGCGAGGAGGGGCACUAUCAGUGCAUCGCUUCAAGCAAGGGUUUUCCCGAUGCGAUCAGAGAAACCUACAUUAAUGUUAUAGGAAAACCGGACGUACUCGGGGAACCCACCAGCCUCGCUGUCACCAGAGGAGACUCCGUUAGCCUGGUAUGUGAAGUGGCCUCUGACCCGGAUCCGAAAGAAAUCACGUGGAUGUGGAGAGGAAGUGACGUAGACGGUGACCAACAAUUUCCAGUUGGCAGCGAUGGUAACGUGAAGGUUCGACAGGAGUCGUACGAAGGCGGGAAGAGUGUGAAGAGCGUGCUGACCAUCCAGAACACCAACUCCGGCAGGACGGGCGACUAUGUCUGCAAGGCCGUCAACAUGUUCGGGUCGGACCAGCGCCAGUUUAGCGUAGAAAUCAUCGAGCCCCCUACUACAAUGCUGGCCAUCGUCGUGGCUGUAGUGUCCGUUGUUGUCGUGCUGUUCGUCCUGUUCGCCAUCUGCGUGGCACGGAGGAAAGGCUGGAUCUGUGACGAGACGAUAUCAGACGCAUCCAGUACUGUCUCGUGUACCCGGUCACCGCCACCAUUACCACCAUACAAAGAAAACGGCAGGAAGGCCCUGAAGGACGGGGAACUUCCGCUGGAACUGCAGCAGGUGGACGGCACGCUGAAGCCACGCCCUCCGCCCAAGGGAGACAGGAACCCGUACGCCAUUGGGCAGUCCUACCCACGGUUGAUGCCAGCUGUCCCGGCCUACUCCACGAUACAGAGGGACAAAACCAGAGAGGAGAGAUGUCCCAGCCACGCCCCUUACUACGUAGGGAGGUUACACAACAGGGGUGAACCGAACACCAAUCCAUCGCCACGACGUCAUCAGGGUCCUUGGAGAGGCCGACCGAACGGCAGAGAAUCCUCGCCUGACUACACGAGACGGGCCCGGGACGGCGUGCACGAACACUCGGGGACGGGGCGGUCCCACGUCCGGGACGGCCCGCACGAGCAUCCGGCACGGUCUCAGAACAGGGAGGGCGUUCAGCACGACCACAAGACUUGCACACACAGUAGACAAGGAACGCCCGAGUUUACGGGACGCUCACAGAACCACACUAGACCGGGUACGCCUGACUAUACGGAACGCACACAGAACAGUAGACCUGUCACGCCUGACUAUACGCGGAGGUCACAGAACAAUAGAGAGUCGGAUUCUUACACUUGGCGACAUCGCGGAAGAGACAGCGCGCCUGACUAUCCAGAUAUAAACGACCAGCGACACUGA